UGCAGUAGAGGGCACCAGAACUCAUUACAGAUGGUUGUGAGCCACUAUGUGGUUGCUGGCAAUUGAACUCAGGACCUCUGGAAGAGCAGCCAGUGUUCUUAAUCUCUGAGCCAUCUCUCCAGCCCAACAAGCAGUGCCCACUUGGCCUGGGUUUUUGAGUUUAUUUUCUAUAAGUUGCGUCUCAACCCCGGGGUUUCUUCUGUGGGUUCCACUAAAGGCAGAAGGAGAUGGCUAGGGGAAGAGAGGGAUUGCCGUUCUUCCUGGGGUCACAGGGCAAUCCAACACUAAAGCCCAGCACUCAGUUCACCCACCCCAUCCCCUCAAGCCCUGUAUCUAAUGUCCAGACCCUGAGGAGAAGCAAUCUCCUUUACAGUCCUUCCUCUCUGGCCUGCCCCAGAGUCCAGUGGAAGAGAGUUUAGUGGGAGGCUGCUGAAUGGGUGACAGGGAGGGAGAGUUAAGCCAGGGCAAGGAGCCGGGGGAGGGAACACAGAGAUUCCUUAGGGAGCUCUGUAGCCUUCCCCAGAGAUGAGGAAGGAACAGAGGCCGGAAGUAGGGGUGUGGGUAAGGGCACUGGUAAGGGUGGGGUGGCCAGGAUUGUAUUGUGGACCUGGAUCUGGGCUUCCGGUGAUUGACCCGCUGGUGACAGGGGACUCCAGCCUCGUGCCCCGGGGAUUGUCUGGUUCAGCCAGACCCUAUCCUUUGACUGUUCGUCCCCCUGCCUGAGUCAGACUCCCAGAAAAACUUACGGAACCCGAUCUCAAAAAGCGCCUUCCUGUGGGGCUCUCUGGCCAAGAAAGAAGGGAACCAGGACGAAUACAGCAUCACACUAGGGUUUAGAGUAAAACAGGGAUGCUUCCAAUCCAGACUAUUCUUCCUACAUUCCAAAAGAUCUCAAAAUGGUCCCUGGACUUCAUUGUUUCUGGCGAGGAUGACGUGCCCCAGGCCACCUCCCAGGAGCAAUCUGGACCCCCUCCUCCAGCCCUUCCGGCAGAACAGUUCAGCACAGCACAGGACUGAAGCUGCCAAACCCGAUUUUCCGGUGGCUGCCCAAGGCUGGCUAAAGCAGGAAGCCCUCCUCCUGGCAUGGACCCCUCAGGGUACCGUUCUCCUCCCCCUCACCUGAUUCCCUGCCUGGGCUGUGCGUUCGGCACCUGUGCCAGCUGUCCCAGUGUGCCACCACUUCCUCCUCCACCUGCUUACCAUCUCCCCUGGGCUGCUUCCCCAGCACCAUAAGGUGUGGGCCAGUGCUACCCCUCUCUGGGCUUCAGUCUUCCCAUCUCCAGAUGGAGAACAGCGGCCUUCCCACCGAGCAACUCAGGGGGAGGGGUCUGAAAGUAGAUGUGAAUAGCAGAGGGCCCCUCGUUUGCUUGGUGGGUUGGUGUGGGGCUGGGAGCACAGCUAGGGUGUGAGGAGGAAGCGCUGUUUGUGGAACUCUCUAGGUAGAACUGCUGAAAUGAAGGGGGCAAGGUAAGAGGUGUGUGUGUGCUCCCUCUGGAUUCCUUAUGUUAUCUAGCCGAUGGGAGAUGGAAGAGAAGAAAGAGACAGACAUCAUCCUUAAAGCUUCCAGGUUCCCAGGGUUCUGUCUCCCGUUGAGGAAGAUCUCUCCUUGUCUUCACCUGUCUCAUCUCCAGAACUAGCAACCUCCCUUAAACACAGCAAGCACUACUGAGUCAGAGCUGCAGACCGAGAGGCAGAGGCACCUGAGGAGUUGCAGAUCAGCCAGGGCCCUUCACCUAACCCAGGACCCUGCUGCAUGCGGUUGCCCUACAGCUCAAGCCCCCUCCUUUAAUCUGGGAAUCAUCCCUGUGUUCUCAGCCACCAAAGAACUCUCUGGUGGGGUGAAAGAGUGAGCUGCACCCAAUCAUCCAGGGGCGCCAUCUAAAGUGAAGGAGUGGGUACCUCUGGCAGUGGCUUCCUCUGAGAGCCUGGAGGGGGAGGAGAAUUGGGAACCUGGAGGAGGAGGGGUAAUGGAGGAGAAGUCAUUGCAGAUGGAGCUAAAAAUAGCUGGAAGAGAUGAUGUCAUCGAGUUCCCUCUGCUUAUCACCCCCCUCAUACACAUACAUAGAAACACAUACACACAUUCAAAGACACAGAUACACAGAGACAUAAGCAAAGGCAUGAAUACUUGCACUACACACAGUGAUACUGGGGGGAGGCAUUUGGGCCUCAGGGCUGCAAGGGCAGGGAAGUCCGGAUAUUCGAUAACAACCAGGGACAUGGAAGAAUGUGAACUCCCAGAGUUCUUCCUGAGAUGAAAAAGAAAGUCCCAUGGAAAAGGGGUACACCAAGUGGCAGCUUCCUGGAGCUGUUCUGUUUCUUCAGGAGCGCAGCAGAUCCUGUUCAGAACCUAUUACCAAGCGCCCUGAGCAGGACCCACCAUGCAGUGCUUCAAGUUCCUUAAGGUCAUGAUGUUCCUCUUCAAUCUAAUCAUCUUUCUGUGCGGUGCGGCCCUGUUGGCUGUGGGGAUCUGGGUGUCUGUCGAUGGGACAUCCUUCCUGAAGAUCUUUGGGCCACUGUCAUCAAGUGCCAUGCAGUUCGUCAACGUGGGCUACUUCCUCAUCGCGGCUGGUGCUGUCCUCUUUAUCCUUGGUUUCCUGGGCUGCUACGGUGCUCACUCGGAGAGCAAGUGUGCGCUCAUGAUGUUCUUUGUCAUCCUCCUCAUCAUCUUCAUCGCUGAGCUUACAGCGGCUGUGGUUGCUUUGGUGUAUACCACAAUGGCAGAACAGUUCCUGACGUUGCUGGUGGUGCCUGCCAUCAAGAAAGACUAUGGUUCCCAGACUGAAUUCACCCAAGUGUGGAACUCUACCAUGGACGGGCUGAAGUGCUGUGGUUUCAACAACUACACAGAUUUUAACGGCUCACAUUUUGUCGAAGAGAAUAAGGUCUUUCCUUCUUACUGUUGUGGCAAGCCUGGCAAUAGCACUGAGGGACCGUGCACCGAGGAGAAGGCCCAAAGUACACAAGUACAGGGUUGUUUCAAACAGCUUCUGCAUGACAUCAGAACCAAUGCGGUCACUGUGGGUGGUGUGGCAGUUGGAAUCGCGGCCCUGGAGCUGGCUGCCAUGAUUGUAUCCAUGUAUCUCUACUGCAAUCUGAAAUAAGACUGUUUCUACCUCCCCACUUGCUGCUGCCACAUGGAAACCAGGAAGAGGCACUUGGCACAGCUAGGCAGCGGUGACCCGGGUGGAGAUAAAAUCUAACAACGUCAUUUGGGCUGAAAGUGGAUUUGCCUUUGCUUGCUCUGGACUUUGGGCUAAAUAGGGACCACCUCUUCGGGGCUGUGUGUCUGUCUUGUCCUACUGGUGGGGCUGGGGAAACAUCUGUUCCAGAGUCUCUGAAGCAGCCACUUCUGCCCAUCUCCUUCGUCUUUUCUUCAACCCUUGACACUCCCUUAAUAUAAAAGUGGCUCUUGAUGAUCCCAGCACUCCACUGGUGGAUGAAGGCACUUAUAGCCUGGGCAUAUUCAAGUCCAGCAAGGUCAUAGAAUGGAUGUGUAGAAGGCGUUUUGGAACCUAUAAACCAAUGAAAACAUUUCUAUUUGGACUGUGUAUACUUGGAGAGAUGGGUCCAGCUUGCCUAAAUUGCACCGCUUUUUGUGAGGCUGGAGAUUCAGCAGGGUGGAAGUGAGGUAGGUAUUUGGGCUUCAGGUCUGGGAGGGAGAGUAAAAAUGGGCAAGAGGGCACAGAGGAAGUGGGAGCUGGGUUAGUCUGCCUUUAUGUAUCAUGAGAGGACUUUGUCCUGAAAGUUCUCCCUCCUGGUGAAGGGCACUGGACUGGAAAGCUAUGAAAGUAACAAGCUUGUGCCAAGUCAAGGAGGGGAGAACGGAAUUAUUGUCAGGGCUGUGGGGGUGGAGUCACUCUUUGGGCUCCAAGAAGCCCUCCAGGAACCCUGAUGAGUAGCUCUAAGCUAUGUGCCCUACUUUAGAGAAUGUUAAAAUCUUUUCUUUGGUGUUGGCCUAUUCACUGCUCUAAAGAUCCAUAUCUUCUUGGGGGAGUUGAUUUACACAUUUUUAUUGGAGGACAGCAGGGGAGUGGGUCUCUCUCAUCAAUGGGAGCAUUCACAGGUUCUUGAGCCAAUCCAGACUUGCACCCCCUGAGGGUGGCUGGGCACACUGGGUAUGUUCCCAUCAUCUUCAAUGGGAACUGGGUAGUUGUAGGGUGUGGCCUGGUUGGUCAUGGUGGCACAUUUAGUAUAUGGUCUGAAAUCAUAAUUAUAGCAAGGCUUCCUACACAAUGACCACCAGCACUGGCUCCUUCACCUAAGCAUCCUUCUCUUGUUUUUGUUUUUUGAAAUAAGGUCUACGUAGUCCUGGUUGUCCUAGAACUUGCUCUGUAGACCAGGUUGGCCUGCAACUCAGAAAGCUGCCUGCCUCUGCCUCCUGAAUGCUGGGAUUAAAGGCGUGUGCCAUCACACCUAGCCAAGAUCUCACUUGUUUUGUGUUGUUGUUUUGAGAUGGCCGGUCUCAUGUAGCCCAGACUGGCUGUGAACUUUCUAUAUAGCUGAGAAUGACACUGAAUUCCUGCCUCUAUCUCCUAGGUGCUGGGUUUACAGGUGGGUGUCACCACACCUGGUUUUAUGUGGGAUCACACCCAGCUUCAUGUGUGCUAAGCAAGCACACUACUGCUUGAGGUACACCCCUAGUCUUUACUUAGUUUUUAUAGCCAGAGUCCCACAGCUUUUCAGCUGAAAAACUGAGGCUGAGACUUCGACCAGACUGACUCCUGUAACUGGGUAGACCUUGCUUAGUACAGUGAUAGUCCAAUCUGAAGAACCUGACCAGAACGUCCCUGACAAAAAUCUGAAUGUCUUUUAAGCCAGAUGGUAGUGGCGCAUGCCUUUAAUCCCAGCACUUGGGAGGCAGGGGUAGGCAGAUCUCUGAGUUCAAGGGCAGCCUGGGCUACAGAGUGAGCUCCAGGACAGCCAGGGGGACACCGAGAAACCCUGUCUUAAAUAAACAAACCAACUGAACGUCUCUGAACUUCAAGUGGCAGCACUAAGAUGGCUGUUGCCACAGGACAGUAGCUGCUACCAAGCAAAGCCGUUUGACUAACUGGCUUCCCUCCUCCCUUCCCUUUGGCACCCCACCACCUACCCCCAAUCUGUCCCUACGGGCUUUUCCAGAGCAGCCCACAACUAUCACCCACUUGCUGGGCCCAAAAAGGAGCAGAGACUUGGCCAGAGCCACGCAGCCUCAGUCACUGAAGCCUGACUGAUAAUCUACUAGAGCUCUGGGCAGGGAGAGGAAUUAGCUGGCCUCCACCCUUUGCCACCCUUUGCCAGCAUACUGCGCCUCACACACAACCACUUGGUUCCUUCCAUAGGUACCCGUGUGGAAGCAGGGGUGGGAAGUGAAGAGGGGUUCCUCUGCCCAGGGAGGGCUGCCAUUUCAUCAUGGACCAACUGCUUCUCUGUCCCUGCUUUGCCACCUGAAACGCUGUCUCUAGCUCCAGCAAACACGGAAGGAGUCAGGGUGGUAAGCAAUGUCAAAGCCACCGCACUCAUGCCAUUGCUGUGCUCAACUCCAGGCACUAUAAGAGAGGCCAGGACAGCGAACAGAUAAAGGGCAGGAAUUCCAGUAAGUUCCUGACUCCUUGGCAAAAGAUCUAUACCCUUUCUUACAAUGCAAUCUACUCAGGUCCUGAUCUUAAUCCUUCAGAGACUUCAUUUAAAGGUCAUGUUCCCCUGCCUUGGGCUAUCUGAUUCCCAGUGGACCAUACUGUCCAUUUUCUGGUGACUAACUCAGACUUUCCUAUGCUCUUUUGAGUUACUAGCCUCUUGAGAAUCUGAAAACCAUGGCCUUUUUCUCCAGAAAAACAUCCCUAUAUGGAAUUCUGCACACAACCAAUCCAGAAGGCCACAGAAACACUCACUUCUCUAUCUGCUUGCCCAGUAUCCUCCUAUAAAAUCAUCUCCCACACCCCUGGUGCUGCCACUGCUUUUGGCCCAGUCACGUCCAUCUUCGCUAUUUACAUGCUCUCCCAUUCCCUCAUCCUCCCCCAAGUUUCUCUUUGUGGUCUCUUCUAGCUACUGCACUUCUGGGACAGGUGCUGGGCCCAGACGAACAAGGAAGGGUUGUUCCUUGACAGUAAACAGUGAGGAAGGGGUGUGAGAUGGCUGCUUGGAGCUAAGGCCUAAACAGGGAUAAAGUCAGCUGGUCCCAGGGCGGAGCCUGCUUAAAACAAAUAAAAACAAAAGACUUGAAGCGUGAGACUUGGGCAUCCCCUGGUGGCCAAAUGGC